AUGCUUUCGUUUUUAAAAAAAAGCCAUAAAAAUAUUUCCUCUCACCCUUGUGCAACUGGACACUUAUUCAUUAUUUUCUCUUAUUUCCAUUAUUUACUUCUCUUGUCUUCUUUCAAAUUUUUUGUACAUUUCCUUUUUUCUUCCCCACUCUCUCUAUUUCCCUCCUCCUCCUCACCUUCUUUCAAUUUUCUUCAUUCACUUCUCUCUCUUUGUUUGUUUGUUAGUUUCUUUAUUUCUUUCUUUCUUUCUCGUCCUUUACUCUUCUCUAAAUUGGUUUCUUUACAUUUUACCUUCUCUUCUUCCACGUUUUAUUCUCAACUGUAUUUUUCUCGUUGGUUAAAUUAUUUUACUCAUUUCUUUAAACUCCUCCUCUCCUCCUUCCCCUCAUCCCCUUCCCCUCUCUCUCUCUCUCUCUCUCUCUCUCUCUCUCUCUCUCUCUGUUAUUCUUUCUCUCUUUUUCUUUUUAACUUCUCUUUAUUCUCUACAGCGUAUUGUUUGUCCAGUAAAUACAUUUUCAUCUCACUUCUUAAACGCUCACUCUCACAUUUUUCUCUUUCAAUUCGUCUCUUUCUCAUUUACUACCUCUCCCUUUUUCUGUAUAUCUUCACUUUUGUCACUUUUUCUUUCAAUUGUUUCUCAUCUCUCGCUUUUUACUUUCAUUUUGUUUCCUUCUCCCAUCUUAUCUCCCGCUCUUUCUUUCUUUUUCUUUCUUCCUCAUUUUCUCCUUUUUCCAAACAUUUUUAG